AUGCGUGUGUUUGCAGUCGUCGGCGCUCUAAUUGGUAAACGGGAGGGCAGGAACAUCGAGGUGAUGAACUCGUUUGAGCUGCUGUUUCACACCGUAGAGGAUCAGAUUCACAUCGAUAAAGAGUAUUACUACAUUAAAGAAGAGCAAUUCAAGCAGGUUUUUAAGGAUAUGGAGUUUCUGGGCUGGUACACGACUGGUGGCGCUCCGGACCAAUCAGAUAUCCACAUUCAUAAGCAGGUGUGUGAGAUCAUCGAGAGUCCACUGUUCCUGAAGCUUAACCCCAUGACCAAACACACCGAUCUGCCAGUCAGCGUGUAUGAAUCUGUGAUUGACAUCAUCAGCGGAGAGGUGAGUGUGUGUGUGUGUGUGUGUGUGUGA